AUGUUGAAUCAAAGUGGCGAACUUGGAACAUAUUGGGCAGGGAUCUGGAGCGUGUGCCUAGCAGACGCCUUGAACUGGAAGAGCCAUUACUACAGACUCCGUUCACCACCCAUAUACACAGCCCCUACCUGGACUUGGGCCGGUCUGGAAGGUGAAGUACGUUGUGCAAUUUGGAUCCCACAAACAUCUAUCGAUGAUGCGGAGCAAAUUCAUGCCAAGAGAUUCGAUCCUAAGCUUAUUGAUCAGCACAUGAUAUUGCAAGACGAGCGCAAUAUCUACGGUGCGGUCCAAGAAGGCUCCUACAUCACCAUCGAGGGCGCAUGUCUUAUGAGCGCUGAUUUCGAUUGCCUGAUGAGAGAUCUCUACGGGAAUGACUUCGGUGGUUUCCCCGGUGUUCAAAUCAAACUCGACAGAGAGCGACUGGACAUGUCGGCGCCUUAUGAUUGCUGUAUGUUCUUGAACGGGAAUCUGUUCCACAAGAAGGAGAAAUGGGAGGACGGUCUCAGCUACCCACUUAGCUGCAUGGAUGUCCUACUACUUAGCUGGGUUGAUCAGGAGGCGAAAGUUGCGCAGCGGGUCGGGGUAGCAGAUAUGCAAAGUCGUGGGGAUCGAGACAACUUGAUCCACAAGAUCAAAACUGCAGAUUGGGAAAGAUGGACAUUGGAGUUGGUGUAA